AUGUGGCCUUUCGAUGCAUCGCGGCGGAACCGCUGGCUGCGCCGCCGCUUCCCGAUUGAGACGGAUUUGAAUUGUCCGACUGGUCCGGCUUCGGGGUAUUUUUAUCUCGAUUACACGAUUGAUGAAGAUGGUUAUCGGCAUAGCGCCUACAAGGCCUACUUGCCCAAGGAAGUCGCAUUGGCGAGACAAGCACGCUUGACAGUCUGUACAGGCGUUGUUGCGUCUCGACUUGAACUGGAUGUCGAUAGGCGGAUCGCUACCGGGGUGUACAUCAAGCCUGCAGGGUCCAGGAGAGAGGUGGAGUUCAUCGUCAAGGCGAGAAGGGAAGUUAUCAUAUGCAGUGGUGCAAUCGGUUCACCACAACUGCUCAUGCUCAGCGGCAUCGGUAAUGCGGCUCAUCUAAAAUCCCAGGGCAUCGCAGUCAAACACAACUUACCAGGCGUUGGCACACAUCUUAGCGAUCAUCACGGAUUCCCGAUUAUGAUGCAGUUACCCAUGGCGGAAAGCCUGCACCGCAUGGAGACGAGCUGGUGGUAUGCCGUUUGGCAGAUCGUUCUGUUCAUAUGGAAUCGUACAGGGUGGAUGAAGUCGGGCACCACCACCAGCACCAUCUAUAUAAACACAUUAAACCUCGAUCCAGAGACCUCCACGUUCAGUCCGGGACCUGGGGAUCCGGAACUUGAUGGCUCGCUCCCAGAAAAUAUACCCGAUCUCGAAAUUAUGGUCAUUCCCGCUGGGGCAAUAGUCGGGAAGAACCCGGGACUACCGCUGUUCACGUUGUACGCUUGUUUGAUCCAGCCAAGUGCUCACGGGAGCAUUGAACUUGCAUCGCGGGAUCCCGAAGAGAGCCCAAAGGUGCACUACAAGGUCCUCGAAGAUGCUCACGAUCUCGUGGUCACGCGCAGAGCUCUGCGAUUCACCUUGAACCUGGCAGAGCAUUUUAUGGAAACGUCAGGCUACCAGCAUCCAGUCAAGUUGUUUCAUGCUCCCAACGCAGACACCGGUCGAAGCUGGCGGGACCUUGACGAUGAUCAGUUAGAUAGUUUUGCUAGAGGUUGCAUCCAAUCCGUUUUGCACCUGGGCUGCUCUUGUCGCAUGGCAAAUGAAGAAAAUGGCGGCGUGGUCGAUGAUCAGCUGAGAGUUUAUGGAUUCAGCAACUUGCGGAUCGCCGAUGCGAGUAUCUUCCCCAAAAUCCCGGCCGCGCAUACUAUGGCACCGGUGUACAUGGUGGCCGAGCGUUGCGCUCAGUUUGUGAAGAGUGCGUGGGCCACGGUAUAG